UUAUCACAAAUUGUAAUUUUAUCUUUUGCUUAACCCUUAUCGAUGAACUAAAACCGGAAAAAUUGUGCUAUGAAAUCAGGAAUAGGAUUGAAAUUCACAUUUGGACUGCAGCUCAAGUGCCGAGUGAUUUCGAUUGUUCAAAAUUCAUUGAACAAAACCUCCCGUAAUGUUAUUAAAUACGAAUACAUUUAUCUGUAGGUUAAGGCCACUGUUAAAUCAUAGGGUCUAUUCGAAGAAAAUUGAUGAAGUUCUUCCUAAAAAUCUAUUAGAAAACAUUCACAAUGCUUCACGGCAGACUGAAAUGGGUGUUAUAUACGACAAAAGGCCAUUUAAAAUGAUUCUAGAUAAAAAUAAGACUUACAAUUGGUGUUCUUGCGGCAUGAGUCACACACAGCCGUUGUGUGAUGGCACCCAUAAAAACCAAAAGCUUCGUAUUACAAUGAAACCAGUAAAGGUGCAAGUGGCAGAAACUAAAGAAUAUUGGUUGUGUAAUUGUAAACAAACAACACAUCGACCUUUCUGUGAUGGCACUCACAGAGAACAACAUAUUCAAGAAGCAAUUAGAAAGUACUAAUUACAACUAUUAAUUGUUUGUGUAAUAAUUUUGUAUAUUUUAAGAGUAUAGUUUUUGUUUGGACACAUAAUUUCAAGUGAAAAUUAAAAAACAAAAAUAAAAACAAGUAGUAAUUUGAACAAAA